UAUAUAUAGAAAGGAAGAAAUAAAACUAUCUCUUUUUUAACAGCAAGUAUUUGUUUUCUUUUGAAAUUAGUGGGGCUGAAAAAUUACAUGAAAAUUUGCACAUGAAAUUUUUUAUAUGUAUAUAUAUGCUAUUUAUCUCAGACCAAAUGAUAGUUUGCCACGUUCAGUAUAUAUUUGAAAUCUACUGUGAAGUUGUUAUCUAUAAAUAUACAUAUUAUAUAUAUAAGCUUAUGCAAUGGUGACAAGUUUUCUUUCACCAAUCAAAUUAUGGUGAAAGAAAUCAUACCAUAUUGAAAGGAAGUUUAUGACUAGUCAAGUUCAUAAGCUUAGGUGUGAAUAGAUACAUGGUGACCUCUAUAGUCUCUUAUUUAUGUGCAUUUAUUUAUCGAAGUUUUAAUAAGAACAUAUUAAUAGACGGAGUUAACACUUGUGGUGCCAUUUACUUGGUUAAAGUUUUUUGUAGUGAGGCUAAUCAUGCUUGCGCUGUUUCAGGUUCAUCGCUUGAAAGAAUUUGGGGUUACCAAGGGAGAAUUGACUCGCUAUUUGGAUGCACUUUUGAAAGAUAGUGAACAUCUGGCAGCUAUGAUUGAUAAUGUGUCAUCCGUAGAUAAUUUGGAUUUUAUUAUGGAGAGUGACGCAUUGGGCCAUACAGUAAUAGACCAGAGGCAAGGACAUGAGAGUUUGGUCACUGUUGCUGGAACAAUUAAACUUGAGGAGGUCUAUAUUGAGAUGCAUUUCUUUAGCGCAAUACUAGACAACAAUGUUGAAGCUUUUAGAAUCAAAAUUAUAUUUCACUAACUUUGUAUACAUUUCUUGUUUAAUAUUUGGUGAUGAUAGAAUUUUACUAUAGUAUAAACUAUCAUGUAAUAUGAUUUUGUAAGUCGAGAAGACUAAAUACUGGAAUGAUAUUUUUGAGUAAUUAAUAAAUUAUUUUGUUGUAUU